UAUCAGGAGAUGGAUAAUAUCAGCCAAAGAAACGAAUCUGGAUGGACGGUUGUUGGCGGAACUUGAGGUCUCGGCUAAUUUGUUUGGAAGUAUGGAUACGUGAAGGGUUGUCGUAACCUUAUCUGGAGUUUGGGGCUCCUCGUUGUUUCGUAAUGCGGAUGCUGCUGGUGUUACAGUUGUGAUCUGUGACCGAACGAUUUAGAGAUUGUCUCCUGCAAACUGUGCAAUCAACAAAUUCCCGGAUCUGUUCUUUGGUCCAUGUUAUAUGGAAGGGCACCCUGUGUUACGACUUACGAGGUCUAACGUGGCGUCGUUCAUGCAGCUUCUACGUGAUCUUGUUGCCGUCCAUCGAAUCAGCGGCAAAGAUAUAGAUGAGCUUGAAGUACUCAGCUCCAAGACGUAAUAAACUGACAUGGAUCACACCGGCUGAGCAUUUUCGAACCCCAGCUUAUCACCUUCCUGCUCCGACAUGCAAGAGGCGACAAAUGAAGACAAGAAGAAACGGGGAGGUAGAAAGAGGGGCCGAACCGGAUCUUCGUCGGGCUCAGACAGCAGAAUUCUCUCUGUUUUCGAACUGAGACAGCAAUUCUCGUGGAAUCCGGAGGUAAUGGAGAGAUUGCCGGGGGAGCUGUGCGUCAAGAUCUUCCACCUCUUCGAUCACCAAACUCUAGCAACAGCUCUCCAAGUUUGCAGAAAGUGGAGGAAAUUAGGCUCUGACAAUGCCCUGUGGAGCAGCCUAUUCAAGGAACGAUGGGGAGAAGACAGUGCUUCAUUCUACGCGCCACAAGAUUCCAAAACUUGGAAAGAUGUCUACAUAGCGCAAGAUCGAUGCGAUAGAUAUGGAUUGGGUUUGAAGAUUAUCAGAGAAGGAGUUGACUACUAUCUCAUUCAUCAAGGUGAGAUCCAACGAUACCUAGGCUCUUGUAGGCAUCAAACUAGCUGGGACAGCGGACCGCUGCUCCAAGAUAAGCUAGAGCAGCAGCGCUUGGAGAUUUCCGAUAAGAUGCUAUUCUUUAUUGGGGAUCUGGAAGCUGCUUGUGCUGAUGCCAGGCAUGUUAGAAUGUGAAGUUGCCAAUUGUGAAACAUAGAGCUCUGUGUAUCAUUAUUGUGCAGCUAUUGUUUAUCUACAAGUAUGAUUGGUUUCAUCAGUUAAUAUUCCAGUAUCUGCAUUCGAAUUUGAUGCUUCUGUGGA